AGGAGGAGGAGGAAAUAGAGAAGGCGGGGCAGGCGGGGCAUGGUUGCCCGAGAGGCCCAUCUGUUGCGGUUCUUGGGGCGGGAAGGUUGCUGGAUCACUAUUGCUGCUUCCCACUAACUGGAGCUGUGCCUAGGACGGGAUCCGAGUCGCCUCGCUGGCAUCUUCCAGGUUACUCUCUGAGACCUUGAACUUGGCCCCAUCUGGCGAUCCUCCGCGCCCUGCCGUGACCCUAGUGCCCGAGAACUGCCCGCGGGCUGCCCAGAGGGUCGUUGUCCCCACCGCCGCCACAGGACCCUUCAGCGCCAGCCUUCCCCACUCCCCUUCCCAGGCAGGGCCCCCAACGCCUCCAGCAGCCUCUCUUCCGCUAUCUGGUCCGCGGAGGUGAUUGGUUACCAUGGUGAAGCUGGCAGCGAAAUGCAUCCUGGCAGGAGACCCAGCCGUGGGCAAAACCGCCCUGGCACAGAUCUUCCGCAGCGACGGAGCCCAAUUCCAGAAGAACUACACCCUGACAACAGGGGUGGAUCUGGUGGUGAAGACAGUGCCAGUCCCGGACACAGCAGACAGUGUGGAACUCUUCAUUCUUGACUCGGCCGGCAAGGAGCUGUUUUCGGAAAUGCUGGAUAAAUUGUGGGAGAGUCCCAGUGUCCUGUGUCUCGUCUACGAUGUGACCAAUGAACAGUCCUUCACCAACUGCAGCAAGUGGCUGGAGAAGGCUCGGUCGCAGAUUCCAGGGAUCACCCUGCCAGGUGUGCUGGUGGGGAACAAGACAGACCUGGCCAGCAGGCGAGCGGUGGAGUCGGCUCAGGCCCGGGCGUGGGCGCUGAGCCAGGGCCUGGAAUGUUUUGAAACAUCCGUGAUUUGGCUCCGCUGCCUGUCCUGCCAUCCAGAUGCCAGAGGUGCCUGGCCAUGGCUACUGUCUCUGACAAAACAGCACCCUCUGCAACCGCCCUGGUGCCUCUUCCUGAUGAAGACCCAGCCCCUCCCUGGUGCCAGGAACCCUGCGGACCCAGGGAGCCAAGAACCAGGCCAGUUUCCUUUAAUGACCUGCCUCUGGGCCAGCCGGGCGGCCGUCAUAAUUCUUUGCACUGAGCUUGUCUGUUUUCCAUCGUGUCUCUGCUGCCAGAUUAAUCUUCCUAAAACACCACUUUCAUCGUUUCACUCCCCUGAUUAAGGACCCAUAGAGGCUCCUCAUUGCCUCUUCCAUCAGGGCUUCAGGCCCAGGUCUGGCAUCGAAGGCUGCCUCUGACUGUCACCCUCACCCGGAGGGGGUCUCAGCUUCUCUCAGCUCCAGUGCCUUCCUCACCCUCCUUCAGUCCCCUGCUUGGUGGGAGUGGGGACGCCGUGCAGAGCGCUGGCUUUGGGGAUCGACGGGCCUGGGUCUGUCCCAGUGAUGGCAGUGAUGGUGGAAUAUGCGCCGGUUCCCGUUUUCACGACCUGCAGAGCCUCUACGUGAGCUGAGCGCAUUGCACGCAUUAGCUCAUUUAAUCCUUACUAACUGUCCCACUUUUAAAAUGACGGACUGGAGUCGGAAGCAUGGCUGCCAGAGCCUGGCCCACAGCCGCCGCCCUCUCCUGCGUCGUCCUCAGCUUGGCCGGGAGCAGGAGGAGGGGAUGGCUAGGCUGCCCCUCAAGGUCACGGUGAGAAGUGAAAACAGACGAAGGGCACGGGGCACAUAGCGUCAACCAUCUCAGGCCCUCCCACCCCACCCCCCGUCACUUCUCAACACAAAGUCACUGCAGCCACAACUGUCUUCCCAUCCGAGCCACUCUUUCAGAAGAAAAUAGUUCCCCAGGGCCGGCCAUGUGCCUGGCAUUUUUCUAGGCAUGAGUCGUAUCAAGCUGCAGGUCUCCUCUCCUGUGUUCCCAAAGGGAAGAGCUACCAUAAACAACCAAGGAGGCAUGGAGGGGGACUUCCCAGUUGCCCCAGAAUUGGGUACCACGACCCACAGCUGUGGCCAAAGAGAUGCUGAGAAACCCAUUUCCUAAAGAGAUCACAGAAGGCUGAGGCCAGACACCUUCCCUGGGGCGUCCUAGAGGUGGCAGAAUUGGCCCUGCUGUCAGAAGCCACCCCCAACCCCGGGCCCCUUGCCCUUUCCUGUUUCUACAAGACAACGGAGAUGACAGGAGGGAGGGAGGGAGCGUGGCCAGUGCUGGUGAAUGGGUACCACUCCCUCUCCAGCCCUCCCCCCAUCCCCAGAACCAGGCACAGGAGACCCCACGAGAAUCCUCCUAAGACGAGACGAGACGGAGGACGUUGCCAAGAAGAGGAGGCUGGCACCUCGUUCCCCAGCUGCAGGCUCGCUGAGCUGCAGGAGCCUGGUGCCAAGUGCAGGGACAGAGUGGGGAGGGCGUCCUUGGGGGAGCUUGGCACACCUCCCCUGGCUCCUUCCAGGGGACUGGCAAGGGGGAGAAGCCUGCACCGCCAGCAGAGGGCACAGGUGCCGUCACCUUAGCUGCACGUGACCCCCCUGAGGGCUGGUGUAGGGACCCACACAGAGGGUGGGACAUAGAGGACAGAGGGACACUAGGGGGAGGGCGCUGCCUCCCACCUGGAAGAGACCAGGGGCUUGUUGCAAUGGCAGAGCUGAAGGGGCAUUAUGGCUGUCCCCUCCUGAGGAGAUGCCAGCCACGGAGGGGGGCUCUGCCCCAGGCCAGUCUGCACCCCAUCUCCAGGGAGGUAUGAACAAGCGUGGAUCAUCAAGGAACUUAGGGCGGGUGAGGGUGUUGUCUGGUGUGUGCAGGGAAAGCAGAAGGAGGUGACAUAGGCAGGGGCCAUCCCGGAAGGAAUUGGGGCUUCAUUGCAAAAAAGACAGGAAGCUGGCAGAGGACAGAUGGCAUAGCUUUUCUGUCCUGAGACAUUGACACUAUUUGGGGAACUGUAGUAAAUGGUUAAUAAUUAUUUCUCCUGGAGUUACCAUUGUGGCUCAGCAGGUUAAUAACCCAACUGGCAU